UAUAUCUACCUUCUCUGUAAGACUUAAAGAUUCACUGACUGGUCACCAUUCUGUCGCCACCAUCUCUAGCUCAGGAAUUUACGUCUAGGUGUCCGAGUCGCUGUCAUCAAUCUUACCAAGAGUGACAACUGAUUGUGUCAAGGUCUGCUUCGUGUCUCCUACUGCCUUGACAAUACCGUCUGUAAACUAACCGCUGUUUAUUCAGUUUGAGUCUUAAGGAAACUCAUUUUAUUAUUUAAAGGAAGGUUAUAUUUAAAUUAACAAUUUCCAAAGGACUAUCCAGAAUUGAUUUACUGCUUCGAUACUGUUUUGAAACACUACAAGCUAUUAGUACAAAGUUAGUUCACGAAGUGAAGACAGUAGAAGAGAAGACACAAGCAGAAGUGAAGUAACCAUGAAGACAUAUCAUGUCGCAUCAGCUCUGAUGUGCUUCUUAGCGUUGCCUUUAAUGACCUUCGGCUGCUUGGAGGAAUGCAUGAGAAAGUUUACUGCAGAGAUGUCUGCCUUUAAUUCAAACGAGACUACCAAUGGCACAGCACAGAUGACAUCUAGCUUCUGUAGGUUGAUGUACAAUCACAUCACGUGCUAUUACAGCGCUAUGGACAGAUGUUCGCCGGAGGUCAAACUUCUUGUAAGGAGCAUGCUGGACAUGUCCAUAUUUCCGGAAUAUCAACGAAAAUGUAGUCAGUAUUAUUUUGGUGGAGUUUUCAGUCCGGGCACCAACGACAGCUACUCUCAGGGCACCGUCAAUACGUCUUAUGGAAGCGUUACGCCCCAGAUAGGAGCUACACCAACAUCUGGAAGGCUGCUUCUGAUCUGCAGAGAGAGAUCAAUGAAUUGCCAGUCACAAUUCAACAACAGCGUCAAAGCUUAUGACCUCAGUAGGAACGUGUCUAACCUAUGCCAAUCUCUAGAGAGUUUAACUCUGUGUUACGUGAAUCUAUCGGUGUCCGAGUGUGGUCAUCUGGUCAACAGGAAUAUGCUGAAAGCCAUGCAAGGGCAGCAUGGUGGCAUGUGCUCUGCCAAUGCCCAGGCCAACACCGUGAACAUGAUGGAAUGUGCGAACAAGACGAUCAAGUGCUACUCCAUCUUUAAUUCGUCCUUCACCCCUGCUGUUGGUGACUACAAUCUCAUGAUCAUGUGCAGUGCAAUAGAGAACUACACAAAAUGUAUGCAAGAAGUCAGCACAACAAGCCACUGCUCCCAGUUCACGAACCAAACAUUGACCAGCAUAAAUCAACUGAAGAGUAGACACAGGGCUUACUGUGGAGAUGAUAACGGUCAGACGGCUAUCCGUUGUGCUGGGAACUUUCAGACCUGUUACUCCGAGUUUAAUAAGACAUUCUUUCCAACACUGCACUCUGGGGACAUGUCUUUAAUGUGCAGCUCACUGGACAAAUAUUCGUCAUGUGUCUCAAGACUGUCUCCAACAUGCAGCCAGCAACUUGACCAGGUGGUCAGAUCUGUCCAGUUCAUGAAAUUACAGUUUAGAGAGCAAUGCCAUCCAAAAUCUCUCAGGUUAUCCAACUGUUCCGAGGUCGUCUCCUGUUCCACGUCAUUAAUGAGAAAUUUUUCUUCUAUUCUCUCCAGUCGUAAACUCUGUGGAACUUACAGCGAGUAUUUCCAGUGCGUGGCUAAAGGCCUGGAGGCCUGCAAACUUCCACAAUCUACCACCGGCGUCGCUUUCAUUGAUCUUGGAGACAUGCUCCAGAACUACUGCGAGAAUAUAUCCAGCAAUCCAAAGUUGAUCCAGUGUCCAGCCUUUGUGAAGUGUACAACAGCUGUCUCCAUGGCCUUCUCUCCUUCCAUCAAGAGUAUGUUUGAAGGGUCCACCUGGUGCACCUAUAUGCAGCUGAAUGUUGGCUGUGCUGAACAUGCUUUGCAGUCCUCCGGAUGUUUUCUGGAUGAAGACGUUCAACUCCAGAAGUACAUUGACACCAUUGACCGUACCAGAAUGUCUACCUGUGGCAAAGAGGUCAAGGGUUCAGAGGUCGGCGGUCAGCACGGUAAUAAUGGUUCUGAGGCUACCAGGUCGUUGCAGUACUUCCUCUUGGUAGUAUGUCUCAUCAUGUUGGCAGUGCGGUUUUAAAGUCCUCAGAUGGAUACCAUUGGUAUUCUUAUUCUAUCUGAACGAAGACAAUCAAAGCAAAUCAUUAGCUGUACAUAAUUCAUUAGGGCUUAUAAAAAUAUAUUCUUUGAUAUUUUUGUCUGAUACUAUUUGUGAAAAUUUUUAUUAGAAUUUCGCCUAUAUAGGGAAGCGACCAUUGCUGUUUAUAUGUAAACUGUAUUCUCAUAUACGAUUGUCACUCACUGUACUUUAUAUAUCAUUCAUAUAGAACAGAUUUAAUAUUAAAACAUAAGCAGUGGCGUAGCAACAAUGGGGCGAAAGGGCUUAUUGCGCUUGAGCUCAUUGGCAUUGGGGGGGGGGGAGAUAUAAGAAAAACACAAUUUUUUAUUGUAAUAUUGAAAGCUAUAAAAUGUAUAUCCUCUACUAGUACUUGGUUGUUACUACAUCAAAAGUAAUUACGCUAAUACUUGAACCUGCCUUUUGUACAUGUAUUAAUUCGACUCGAUUUUGGUCUUCAAUACAUUCAUCUACAAUAAUGUUCUUGAACCCAGACUCAUGGUUACGUUGCAACGCUACUGGUGUAUAUCACAUAAUGUUUUAGUCAAUUUCAACUAAAUCUAUUGUGUAUUACUUCUCUCUCUCUCUCUUUCUUUCUUUUUUCUCUCUCUCUCUCUCUCUCUCUCUCACUCUCUCUCUCUCUCUCUUUACCAUUCUAAAUGCAGUGUGAUGAAACGCGCUAAUUCAAAACGCAUCCCCCACUUUUACAUGAUGUAUACAACCAGCGUCAUGUCCAAGGCCUUAUGAUUCCACUGAUUGUUACAAAAGUCUAAUAUUGUAAUACAUUCAAAUGUCUCUUGUAGGUUGAAUAACGUAAUGAUCCAUGCUUGUAUAAAUCAUGCCUGUAAGUGGUUGAUAACCCGACAUCAAUGAUUGAUCAUGCCAGGAUGUCAGUGAUUGAUGGGCGGAUGUCAAUGUUUAGUAACAGAAUAUCAAUUAGGAUGACCGCAAGUCAAUGAUUGAUGACCGGAUGUCAAUGAGAGAUGACCGCAUGUCAAUAAUUGAUGACCAGAUCUCACUGAUUGAUGACGGUAUGUCAAUGUUUGAUGACAUGUCACUGAUUAAUGACCGGUUGUCAAUGAGUCAUUGAAUGAAUGUCAAUUAUUGAUGAACCGAUGUCAUAUAUUGAUAACAUGAUGUCAAUGAUCGAUGACCUGUUGUCACUGAUUGAUUACAGGAUAUCAAUAAUUAAUUAUCAGAUGUCAAUGAUUGAUGACCAGAUGUUAACAAGUGAUGACUGUAUAUCAAUAAGUAAUGACAGGUUGUCAUUGAGUCAUUAGUGUUCAUACUGUAACUGAGAAUAAUUUGUUUCACUUAUAAUGAACUGAACCUUUCAUCCCUAGCUAGAGACACAAAUCACAUGUCUGAACUCUCUAUCUGACCAGGCCAUGUACUCUCAAUCUGACAAGACUUGAUUUUUCAAUAAAGAUCCAAUUAUAAGUUUAAGCCAACGUUUGUAAACUUACAUAGAAAUUUAUUCAGUGCAUUAUCUUGUCUCUUGUAGACGACUGGUUCAAAGGACUGAAAAGUAAAAUAGUGUAUUGUUUGUUUUGUAAAUCGUGUGUGUGUGUGUGUAUGAUACAGAAGAAGAAAACAUCUAUGUGUGCGUGUGUGUGCGUGUAACCACAGUACAAUCUCAUGUAUUUGGAUCGUGUCCUUGUGUAAAGAAUAGAUGUGGCUAUGUGUGGUUGAGUGGUCAAAAAUUAUUGGCUACCCAUCAAAGGGGCUCGAGUUCAAAUCUCUACUAAUGAGCUAAACUAGCAGAACAAAUAUAUUAAACGUUUAUAGUGGGCAUCUAUUUAGAUCUGACAGAUAUAGACUAUAUGAUCAUAUCUGUAUUGAAGUUUCGAUAGAUUUUUGUUUAUUAUGUACAAUAGACAUUCAUAAUUGCAAAUAAUAAACUUCUAAUUGCAAUCAAUAA